GAUUCGCAUAAUAAUGAAGGUAACCGGUAUUCUACUGCUCAUUGCCUGUGGCUUGGCAUACUUCAGUCAGGCUCAAGGAGAUUGCUGUAACACAUCCUUAGAGCUCCUCUUUGCUGUGGACGGAGGAGCCUGCGGUCAAGCUGGAGCGGAAACUACACCGCAGGGUUGCAAGCUGACAAUUUGUGCUGAUGGCCGGGCUAAGACGAGCAAAUACUGUGGACGUGGAUCGUGCGAUUCAGAUGGUUGCAACUGCAGCGAAGGCUGCAUUUCCGGCAAUUGGCAGCAAAGUUUCGUGGACAAUAAUAAGCAACUCAAGAUCGUAGUUACGAACGCUAAUUGGAAACAUGAUAAUUAAAGAUUGAAAAAUUAAAAAAUAAUAAAUUCACUACUCUAAAAUUGCAAAUAA